UGAGAAGUCUGUUCUGUCUGACGGUAGCAGGGUUGUAUUCCAUCUGUGGAGAGCGGUUGUAGGUCACUGAAAACCCUACUUUUGCUUAAAUCGCCUUUUCACCAUGUGACCUUUUCUUUUGGACUCUCAGACAAUUGUUAGGACUAAAGUUGGAUACUGAAUGAUGGCGUCAAAGCAGCUGAAAAGAAAUGUUGAAGUUCUGAUUGGAAAUUACGUGGGACGGAAGCUCAGAGAGAAUAAUUUUGAUCCCAAAGGGAAGGUGGACUCGUCGAUGCUGGAUGAUCUGGCUCACUAUGAUCUUGCAGUAAGUGUUGCUCUAUGGUGGUUGGACAAAGAUGUACAAGACCACAGAGGCAUCACUUGGGAUCUUACAGGAAGUGACCUCUCCCCAGAUCGUUCAGAACGGGAAGCAAUGAUCUUGUCAUCGUUUGCUGGAAUCUUGAUGAACAGCAUACCAGUGGAGGAAAUCUUAAACCUCUAUCGUCACAAGCCUUCUGCUACCUUCUCCACCCAUGGAUCAAAGGGUUCAAUCGUAUGUCCCUUCACUCUCUCCUAUCAUCCGUUCGCCAUGCUCAGUUCGUACAAGGCUGUGCACCACUCCAAGACACACAACCAAAAGCUAAAACGUUGGCUCACUGGUAGGACCAACAUGGCACGAGUUCAAGCACCGACUUCUUCCUCCUCCACUCAGUCCUUUGUCUCUGACAGCUGUGGCACUCCUGAGGAACGAGAUGAGCAUUAUGAGGGGUCACAAGAGUCUCUGCGGGACUGAGGAUCCGCUCAUGUGAUUUUCAUACACGGAAAAUAUCUGAACCUCAUCUCUCAUUAAAACGCAGACAAUUUAAAGCCGCUCUCCUGUCGCAGUUUCAUGCAAACGUUGAAUUUCAGGUCCCACAAAGGGUAAACGGGUCAGUAGGUUUUGUGAUGACUUCAAAGUUUCUGCAUCCAAACUUUAAUCCACUUGAUGAGGGAUUAGUGGAUAAA